CCGUGUAGCAGUCCUGCCGUCAAGUGACCGCCCCCCUUGCAUCGACCACCUGUCCCGGGCAUUCCGGGACCAAAGAACAUGACGCAACCACCCUCCCUCGCCGAUUUGCUGAACAGUCCGGCGUUCACUUCUCACCGCUGAAGAGUGCCCGUUAUCACUCCAGCAGAAACCGAGAAGUAGCGUAAUCAACAACCCGAAGCCCCAAACCUCAAAGAUUCUUCUGGCCGGACAUGUUCGAGAUCAUGUCGCGAAGACGGCCCAGCGCGCCGACACCUCCGGACGCGGCCCCGCGCUUUCCCCUCUACCUCUUGCCUACCCUCCGCAUCCCCUUCCGGCGCCGUGACGUCUCCGAUCCCGUCGUCUCGCCACCGCCAUUGGCAUCCGAACCAACCACUCCGCCGAGCUCGGUCCCUCUCACCCGCACGCAGCCCGACACGCUCCGCUGCGCCAACUGUGCGACCGACCUCGCCUACCAUGCGCAGAUAGUCAGCAAGGGCUUCAUGGGCCGGCACGGCCGCGCCUACCUGGCCACCGACCUGAUCAACAUCCGUGUCGGCCGUCCCGAAGACAGACACCUCGUCACUGGCCCCCACGUCGUGGCCGACAUCAGCUGCGUCGGGUGCGGCGCCGUGGUCGGGUGGAAAUAUGUCGACGCGAGGGUCCCCGGGCAGAAGUACAAAGUGGGAAAGUUUAUCCUGGAGACGGGCAAGGUGGUUGGGUUUGCGAGUUGGGAGGUUGUUCCUUCGUCAGGGAGAGACGGGGUGAAAUCGUGGCAUGCUGGAGAGGACGAGGAGGGCGAUGACGAGAGCUUGGUGGUUUUUGACUCGGAGGAUGAGGACGAGUGCGAGGACAUCUUCGCUGGAGUUUGGGACGCAAAGGUCGUGGCCAGGCGGCGGAGGAGCAAG